AUGACGUGUAAAAACUGGAUAUUAAUGUCUACUACUCCUCACAAUCUGGAGGAUGAAAUUGUUGGAAGACUCCUAAAAUUUUUAUUUGUUAUCUUUGUUGACUUUAUGUCUAUUAUAUAUGUUGUUAUAACUUCCUAG